GGGUUUCUACUGACCACACCAAAGGGAAGGGACAGCCAUUUUGGCAGGACCUUUUUGGCAAUGAUAUGAUGAAAUUAUGGAGAAGCCUUUAACAUCAAUGUGUUAAUAUAAUGGGCUUGAUGUCUGUUUGAAAUUCCUGUUACAUGAGCUUCAGUACAGAGCUAGAGGAGGCGCGUAAAAUCGUAGUUAUUGCUUUCCAGUGGAGUGUGUUCAGUACCCAGGCCCACUUGUCUAGCUUGUCCGAAAAAAGGCGAUUUCAUUUCAAUCUCGAAAUAGUGCUCCAUGUUUUUACGAAGGAUCUUUGUGCCUCUGAUAGCUGUGGACUGGAGCCACUUGACCUUAGCUAAUUAAGGUCACUAAUUGGAUUUCUCCAAACUUCUUUUACAGACUACUUCAAGCCUAGUUUUUAGUGUCUAUAAGUUUUAAAACGUUAUUUUGCAGGAGGUUAACUUUUAAUUUUGCUCAGAAGCAGAGAUCAAAUCAGUGUUCUUGUACUAGCCUCGAUAUCAUGAGGGGCUUGUUCUCGAGGUCAAGGCACAGCUAGCUAAGGUCAAGUGGUUCCAGCCUCUAGCUAGCUCGCAGUAUAAGAUCUAACAGGAGUGCUGCAUGAUCAGACUAUAGCUAGCUAGCCUGUAACAAUACAAACUGCUAUAUCCGAUGAGAACUUCUGUGAUGUAUAAGCUUAUUGCAUGUGUCCUAAUUCUGUUUGCACUUAUGCAAAAAGCAGUACAAGAUGGCAACUGUCCUGACUGUGGAGUACCUACCGCUGCGGCUUCCAUUACAAGCACCUUUUCCAGCAGUGUUGAUAGAACCAGACAGAGACGACAAGCUGCAAUAAAUCUGGAGCCUGAUUCAAAUGUCUCUAAGACCAGAGGUAGUAAAUUUGCUCUUGCGUUUAUGGGAAAUAGUGUUAAACGAGCUGAAAUACUGCUAUAUAUUACGACUGAACAAAGGGUGUCUAAUUUCAUUAUCGAAACGAAGUUUUCAGGCCUAAAUGGAUUCAGCGAAACGUCAUCUGGACUGUACUCUCGUCCUGGGGCAGCUGUUGUUGAAUUGCAAGUUGUUUUUGGAGAAGUUAACGAGCAGCCAAGCAUAAUAUUUGUACUAACUGAUGGAAAUAUUGAUCAAAGUGAUAGACAAAAGGGACUGAUUUUAACUGCAGAUAAUCCAGGUGAUGAGCUCACAAUAUAUGCUAUCAGCAGUAAUAAGAAUAUGGCCUCCUCCGCUGAUGCCUUCAUGGCUAUUAACUGUGUCGAGUUUCCAACAACAAGAGAUUACCAAUAUUUCGUGUUCUCAUCAGAUGUAACUGGCAGAGGUGAUUUUCUGAGUCAGUUUCUCAUCACACCCUGUCAAGAUGAGACAACUAUUCGAGUGAAACCUUCACAAGUGCAUCAUCACCCCUCUUGGGUGAGUCCAAGUGUUAACACAACUUAUCCACAAGGUGAAGCCUUGUAUGAACUGCGUUUCAAUCGCUUUGAUACUCUGUUGCUUAGCAAUUUGGAUGAUUUGACGGGCACUAUCAUUACAUCUGACAAACCGUUAUCUGUUUUCAGUGGCGCUCUAAUAGACAGUAGUUAUCUUGUAGAACAAAUUCCACCUCAUCCAACUUACGGUGAUUUAUUUUUUCUUGCAUCAAUAUCUUUAAUUUUUCGAAUAGGCUCUGUCAGCAAUGAAACCUCUGUUGAGGUCAACUGUCUCUGUGAGCCAGUCUCUGCGAGUAACAAUAGAGUGCUCCUUUCAGGAUCUGGUAGCUCUUUCACUGCUACUAUAAAUCAAGGCCAAUAUAUUGAAUGUAGAUCACAGGCCCAAGGCUUUUGCAGCGUUCAGUCAUCGCGUCCAGUUACAGUAAUGAACUAUAAUAAACUUUUCAAGUAUUUCUCUAUGGUUUAUAUACCACCUGUUGAUUCCUAUUUGACUCGGUACAGUCUCACAAAUCUGUCAGAUUCUCGUUUUGCUUUCUUAAGCUAUGCUUUCCAGGAAAGAGAUUAUUACAAACCCAACACAGAGGGAUUGAUUGGCAAUGGAGAUGUACUCCCACCGACUAAUGGUUUCACUACCAUCAAUUGCAAUGAGGGCUUUGGAUCGAUGUCGUGCGGUCAGGGAGCUACAGGAUUCUUAAGCCCAAAAAAUCAUGAUAUAAAGUUUUCUGGAGACGUACCAUUCUGGGGUUUUGUAAAUGGUUUUGCUACGAACAAUUCAUAUGCUUACCCUCUACCGUUUGAGAUGAUACCAACAGGACUGGCCUGGAUUGAAGCUCAAGAUAUGAUCGUUAUGGAAACUGUGGGUCUAGUAAAUAUGGGGUUCAGAGUAACAAAUGGAGAUACUUCACUGAGAACAAGAGCUUUCGUUGUCACUAGAAAUAUUACUGCAAUAGAAGGAAAGGACUAUGGUUCCACUGGUUUGCUUCCAGGUACACUGGGCAAUAGUAGUAAAUUGGAAUGGAGAGCUGGAAAUUCAACUCCCAAUAAUCAGUUUAUUGUGUCCAUAAUUGAUGAUGACAUUCCGGAACCAGUUGAAGUAUUAGAGAUUUUUGUUGAAUGUGAGGCUAACGAAAACUGUUAUUUACCACGACAACGAUACACCAUCACCAUUGUAGACGAUCAAGGUCAGUGUCAUCAUCUUCUCCCGUUGUCCAAUGGAAACAUCUCCUAUAGUUUUGAUGGUUGCCCUCUGAGGCCGUAUGGUACUGUUGCCACUUACACCUGUAACCAAGGAUACUAUCUCCUUGGAAAUAAAAAUAGGACGUGUAACAACAGUGAAUGGUUGGGAACUAUGCCGACAUGUAAAGAUUCCAGUUCUCCUAAAACCAGAGGCAAUAAAUUUGCUCUUGCAUUUAUGAGAAAUGUUGUUGGACGGUCCAAAAUAACACUAUAUAUUACGACGGAACAAGAUGUGUCUAUUUUCACUAUUGAAACGAGGCUUCCUAACCUGAUUGGAUUCAACGAGGUAACACCGGACAAUGAAUUGUUCUCUCGUACUGGCACAGCACGGAGGGGGCAUUUCACAGUCAUUCAAUUACAAGCUGGUGGAGUGAGUAACGGACGACCAGACUUAUCAGUACAGAGUGACGGCGAUAAUGAUACAAGUGAUAGACAAAAAGGACUGAUUAUAACUGCAGAUAAUCCAAGUGAUGAGCUCACCGUAUAUGCUCUCAGCAGUAAUAAUGACAUAGCCUCCUCCGCUGAUGCCUUCAUGGCCAUUAACUGUGUCGAGUUUCCAACAGCACCCAAUUAUCAAUAUUUUGUAUUCUCGUCUGGUGGAGGACCUUUUGAGAGCCAGUUUCUUAUCACACCCUGUCAGGAUGACACACGUAUUCAAGUGAUAACAUCACAAACACAGCUUCAUCCCUCCUGGGUGAGCCUAAACUCCACUAUCACUCGCUCUCAAGAAGAAUUGAGAUACGGACUACAUUUAAAUCGUUUUAAUACUCUGAUGCUUAGCAAUGUUGAUGAUUUGACUGGCACUAUCGUUACAUCUGACAAGCCACUGUCUGUUUUCAGUGGCCAUCAAUGUGGAACUCCUAUUAAUAAUGGAACUUGCAGUUACCUGGUAGAACAAAUUCCACCACACCCAACGUACGGUGAUAUGUUUCUUCUUGCACCAUUUAAUGUUCGACGAAGUGGUGAGGUAUAUCGAAUUGGUACUGUCAGCAAUGAAGCCUCUAUACAAGUGAACUGUCUAUGUGAGCCAGUCUCUGCUAGUAGUAAUGGUCAAAGAGUUCUCCUAUCAGGCUUUGGUCAGUCUAUGACCGCUGUUAUAAAUCGAGGCCAAUACGUUGAGUGCAAAACACCAGAUAACAGUCGUACAUUUUGCAGCAUCCAGUCAACACGUCCGAUUACAGUUAUGAGCUACACCCUCGGAAGUUCAGUCGAUAAUUUGGACUUCACAAAUCCAAUCGGCGAUCCCUCAAUGGUGUAUAUACCACCUGUCGAUUCCUAUCUCACUCGGUACAGUCUCACAAGUCUGUCAGAUCCAUUUUCUGUGUCCUUAAGCUAUACUCUCAGGCGAAGUGAUUUCGAUGUAAACUCUCCAGAAUUGCUUGUCAACGGAGAUGUAUUCACACCAUCUGAGGGUUUAAUCGAUUGCAUUGGAAAAGUGCUAUGUGGGCUAGGAGGGCUAGGAGCUACUAAAUUUUUAGGUCAAAGAAACUUUAAUAUACGAUUUUCUGGUGAUAUACCAUUCUGGGGGUUUGCAUACGGUUCUGCUGAGGAUGUUUCAUUUGCUUAUCCUCUACCAUUUGAGAUGAUACCGAUAGGGCUGGCCUGGAUUGAAGCCCAAAACAAGACUGUUAUGGAAAAUGUAGGUCUAGUGGAUAUGGGGUUUAUGAUAACAGGAGGUUACAAUUCAGUGAGGACAAGAGCUUUCGCUGUCACUAGUGAUUUGUCUGCAACGGAAGGAGAGGACUAUAAUUCAACUGGUUUGCGCCCAGGUACAGGCAAAAGUAACCUGAGAUGGGGACGUCAUACAUCAGCUCCCAUUGCUCCAUUUAUCGUGCCCAUAAUUGAUGAUGACAUUCCGGAACCAAUCGAAGUAUUAGAGAUUUUUGUUGAAUGUGAGGACAAUAGAAGCUGUUAUCUACCACGACAAAUUUACACCAUCAUCAUUAUAGACGAUCAAGGUCAGUGUGAUCAUCUUCCCCCGUUUCCCAAUGGACACAUCUCCUAUAGUUUUGAUGGUUUCCUCUGAGGCCGUAUGGUACUGUUGCCACUCACACCUGUAAUCAAGGAUACUAUCUCCUUGGAAAUAAAAAUAGGACAUGUAACAACAGUGAAUGGUUGGGAACAAUGCCGACAUGUAUAGAUUCCAAUUCUCUUAAAACCAGAGGCAAUAAAUUUGCUUUUGCAUUUAUGAGAAAUGCUGUUGGACGGUCCAAAAUAUCACUUUAUAUUACGACGGAACAAGAUGUGUCUGCUUUCACUAUUGAAACGAGGCUUCCU